UUCACAAUCGCGUCGUGCGUGAUUUAUGAAAAGGUACGCUCCGCCACACCGGCUCACCCGCCAAAUACCCAGCGCAUGCGUGAUGCGUGCGAUUGUAAGGCAGUGCACCAAAGAGAAAGUAACGGCUCAACAUCACCCAACUUUCUAUCCUCUUCAGCUUCAAGGCGCAACUUGCCCAUUGUCCCCCCAAAAUCGUCUAAUUCCAACAAAGAUCGAUCAAUUAUAUUCUUCAAAGUUGACAAAUUUCAACACCACAGGCUUCGAAUUGGUUCCAUUUCCGUCCAAAUGUGUGCUUUGGAGCUUUAGACAGUAUCACCGCCGACUUAAUUAAACCUAGGGUUUCCUCGGAUUCCAAGAAGCUCAAUUCAGCGACCAGUUGUUGGAUUUCACCGUAAAACUAUAAUAAAAACCCUAACUGGAAUUUCUACAAAUUUUAAAUUAGCUAAACACCUUCACGUGCUUUUGUUUUCUUUCGCUUUGGUCCUCUUAAAUUUCCUUCUUGUUAGAUCCAAUGGCGAUUCUUAGCGACGCUCUGCGUCAAGCUUUCAUGCCUAAACACGAGUACGAGAGCCUUCGCGAGGAAGACAAAGCAUGGAUCAAGCUGCAAAGGCCAAUAUUAAUAUCUAUUGUUGUCUUCAUUUGCCUUGUCAUUCUUAUAAGCACAGUUGUGAGCUUGAAGAUUGUGUUUCCUGGUAAUGGCGGGAAGAGGCCGUUUUGCAGUGACCGUAGACUUCAGCCUUUGCAAUUCAAUACGAAGGGAGGUGAUUCGGAUCUGUUUCCUGGUGCGUUUUAUCUCACGGAUCAAGAGACUGUGGAUUAUUACUGGAUGGUUGUGUGUAUCCCUUCAACGAUUAUUUUCUUGGCAUCAGUUGCAUAUCUUGGGGCAGGGAUAGCUGUUGCUUAUUCUGCUCCGGCAAGACAUGGAUGCUUAAAGGUGGUUGAAAAUAAUUACUGUGCUUCAAAAAGAGGUGGAGUACGCUGCCUGUCCAUUUUGAAUAUUGUAUUUGCCAUCAUCUUUGGUCUCCUUGCUCUGUUCCUUGGUUCAAGCCUCCUGACACUAGGGAGUAGUUGUUCCUUACCUUUGUUUUGGUGCUAUGAGAUUGCUACGUGGGGGCUAGUCAUUUUAUAUGCGGGAACUGCCUUCUUUUUGAGAAGAAAAGCAGCUGUAAUUCUUGAUGAGAGUGAUUUUAGCGGCCGAAACCUUGGAUUGGAAAUGCUGGAAGCAAAUUCGGUGGAAGUCACACCAGAAGUGGAAAGGCGUGUUAAUGAAGGCUUUAAAGCAUGGAUGGGGUCAUCCCUUCUCUCUUCUGAUGAUGAAGAUGAACCAGACAGUUAUUUGGAAUCACCUCAAGUAACCCGAACUAGUUCUAACCGGCUGAAGGUAUAAUCUUUAAAUCAAGUGAGUCUGACACUUAGGCGGUCUUUUCAAGGAGUUUCUCAGUGGCAACAUCUACAGUGAAUGGAUUUCAGUUUUGGAUCAUCAAAAGCCUAAUUUGGUCCUACAAGUGCCAUAUUAGAUGAAUGUCUGCUACUAGUAGGGCUUGGAUGUCCAUUUCACUGUAAUUCUUCUUGUUCUUACUUUUAGGUAACAUCAGUAGGGUGUAAAUAAUUUGACAACAGUUUUCUCCUUUUAUGUUGUAACCCAAAGUCAUGGAAAAGAAAAGCGUUUAGGUGAACAUCAAUUGUUAGUAUAUUGUGCUUCUAACCAAUCUUGUGUGAAGAAGUCUUACGACCAAAAGCUGGGCAGUCAUAUGUUUGUUUUCCUAAACCGAGUUUACUCUCUGUAAUUGAUAUGGGGAUGGUGUGGGUCUCUGUGAAAACUUCUUAAUCCCAGAAAAGAAAGAUGUCCAUCAACGGAUUUUACAAGAAUAAGGAGCAAUUUUCGCCCCUUUUAUUAAA